UGCGGAUCAGACAGAAUAAAGAAAAAUCUGCUUCUGGUGACUUUAAUGAUGGAAAACGGAGAGGGUCCCAGUGAUAUAAUCUGCAAUUCAUGUGGGGAGGCCUUUAAACUUCCUGAUGUUUCAGAUGAAAAAGCUGAUGAAAACCUGCCCCGUAUGCUUUUAUGCGGCCACAUCUUCUGCACCAACUGCCUGGUGUCCAUACAGCAUGAAGGGGUCAUAAUAUGUCCGGAUUGUGAGAUUAAGUCAACACUUCCAGAAGAAGGAGUUUAUGGUCUCCAGGAAGACAGCAGAAUCAUCGGCCUGAUUUACACCGCAAGGGUGAACCAGAUGAGAAGAUCAAAGGGGAAACGAAAGAAGAGAUUACCCCAAUUAAGCACUGAUCUUGUUGAGGAGCUUGCAGACAUCGAGAAGAUUGAGAAGACAAUUGAUGAGUCAUUGUACCAGGCUGAAUACAAUCUUGCGCAGCUGGAAGACAUCAAUGAGACCUUGAAGGCUGCUCUGUUGGAGCAGGUGAAGAAAGAGAAAAUCCGAGUGAAGAUCGAGAUCAUGCAGGCUUCUAAUAAAGCUAAACAUGCUGUUCAGAAAUGGAAGGAAAUGCAGUUGAAUCGGCUAGCAAACCUAGAAGCACAGUGUCCGUGCUGCCAAGCAGUGGUGUCUGAUGUCCAGGAAAGGAUUAAAGUCUUGGCGAAUGCCAUGCAGAUGGCCAGAGAAGUACGCCGGGCCCCCAUCUUGGAGCAGUACUUCUUCCUGGAUAAGUUGCUAGAAACACUGCAGACACCGGUGGAUCAGGAGGCCUUUGAAUUGCAAUGCAUCAACGAGGGCCGUUCAGUAAGCUACGUUUUUCAGUCUGAGAAUCUGAGCAACUGUUUGAAGUUGUCAAUAAAAAUGGAGUCCAACAGCUCAAACACUGUAAGCAUGCGCCCACUGGAAAACCACCAGUCAGACAUCCCCAUCAAAAACUCUUCAUUGGAACCCGGCAAGGACCAAAACGGCUGUUCCAGUUCACCCAGUAGAAAGCUUCCCCUCCACGAAAACUGCAAACCAAACAGCAUCUUGACUGAUGCCUCUUCAACUCAAAGCUCCCAUCAAGAGCAAAAAUCUACCCCCAAAAUCAGCCUCUCACAAUACAGCUCCUUCUCAGACCUUUCAAACGAGGAUGUUAUUGUUGAAGAUGUCUUGGGUGAUUACUCCGAGUCAGUUACUCCAACUGGUCCUUCAAUGGCCAGCAUUUACUGGAGAUCCAUAUGGAAACAAAAAAAUGACCUGAGUCGCAACAAGGUUACUCAGUGGGUGGUGGUGAGCCAUGUUGUGAAUCCAAGUUACUUCUAUGUCCGCCCUGUGGUUGAGAGGAAGGAAAGUAAGAUUCUUUCACAGAGGAUAAAGGAACUCUGCUGUGGGGACGGCUGCCUCUUUACACUGAAAGACAUUAUAGAGAAAGGCUCCAUUGUCUUUAUGAAAGGAAGGGAUGGGCAAUGGUGCCGUGGCAGGGUGGUUGAAGUCUUUCAGAAUACUUGUGAAAAGUCUCUGAAGGUCUCCCGGGUCUCCCAGCUCUCCGGUUUGCGAGUCUUCCUCCUAGACUACGGGGCCAUCAAAUACAUCCCAAUCAAAGAUCAGGGGAGGACGGAUGAGUCCACUCUAAACUAUGUGAACUGUGUCCUGAGGAAAGUGGAUGAACACUUAAAUGAAGAGCUGAGCCACAUUCCUCCUCUGGCCAUAAGGUGUUCACUGAAGGACCUGGUCCCGUAUAACCUAGCAGCGGGCUGGAGUAAAGAGGCAAAGACCAAAUUCUGCUCUGUGGUCGGUUCUGCUGCGGUGGAGAUGCGACCUUUGGGGAAGGACAGAGUGUCUUUGUUGGUGGAUCUAAGAAAAGCUCCCAUGGAUCAACCCACUGAUGUGUCCAUCUCUGUCAGGGAGUACCUCGUUUUCAUCGAGGUUGCCAGGUUCUAUUCUCCAGUGAUACUGGGCAGGAGGUCUCUCAUGUAUUAUCCUCCUGUGUAUCCAAAAGCCAACACUGAGUGUGAUGCAGUUGUGUGUCACAUCAACAACGCCUCUGACUUCUACAUCCAGCUGGUUGACAACAUGGAGUCCUUGUUGCUCACUGCCAAACUUCAGGAUUGCUACAACUCACUGAAAGAAGAUGAACUCAGGAUCUACUGCCCUGAGAUGGGAGAGGCUUGUGUUGCCUGCUUCCAAGACAACAUGUGGUACAGAGCUCAAAUUGAGGGUCAUCCCAGGGGCCAACAGGUGGAGGUGCGAUACGUUGACUUUGGCAAUAAGGAAGUGUUGUCAGUCAGUGACCUGAGGAAGAUCAAAGAUGAAUUCUUUGUGCUUCCUGCUAUGGCACUCCAUUGCUGUCUGGCAGAUGUGGUUCCUUCGGACGGGAAGAGCUGGAGUGAAGCCAGCAUCUUAAGAUUCGCCAACCUUGCUCACCAGAAACUGGUCACAGUGGUGGCAGCAGAAGUUCCUCAGGCGGGUCCAUUCCCGCUCAGUAUGUUUGUAGGAGGUGUGAACGAGCCAAAAUCCAACAUAGCUGAAGUGCUGGUUCUGGAGGAUUUGGCCUGCUUCAAAAAUCGCAGACCGAAUGUCAAAAAGGAGAAUCCCUCUGGUGUUGAUUCCGCUUUAUGGGAUCCACCGCUUGAGCUUUGUUCAGUCGCAGAUAAAGCUGAUGCUCCAGAUCAAAAAACUGAGGAGAAGGAGAAAAGUAAGGCACCUCUGGAGCUGCAGCCCAAAUCCAAGCAACGUGAGCAGCAUAAAGACCUCAAAGUCACAGUCACUCAUGUCAACUCGCCAAGCAGCUUCUACGUCCGACUCACCGAUUCUGACUCUGAGCUUCAAAGGGUAUGUGAACUGGUGGAGCAGGAGUGCGCCCAAAAGGAGCUGCAGGAUGUGGAGUGGAAGGCAGAUAUGCACUGCGCUGCUAACAUCAACGGAGUCUGGGAGAGAGGACAGAUGUGCUGCGACGUCACUUCAAACACUGCAGAAGUAAGACUGUGUGACCAUGGAAACAUCAUGAAGAUCCAUGUCAGCAACCUGCGCCCUCUUCCACCCUCUUUGAUCGGCUCCCUGGUGCUGGAGUGCACGCUUAGUGAUAUCAGACCAACAGGAGGCCAAUCAACCUGGACUAAAACGGCCUGCGAUGUGUUCUCCACCUACCUGGCAGGAACUGUGGCUACUAUGACAAUCAAGGAGGUGAAGGAUGGGCCUCCGUUCUCUGUCGAGCUGCACUGCUCCAAUAGAACUGGAAAAUCUAUCAGCAUUGCCGACUUCCUGGAAAAACCAAAAGAAACUGAUGCCAGAACUCCAGCCAGUGACCCAAAAACUGAGAAAAAGGAAGAAAACAACUCUCCUCCUCCAUCUGGUUCCCAUCUUUCUUCAUUUAUCCCCUUCAGUCCUGCAAAGCUGCUCCAAAGCUUCAAUAUAUCCACAGAAAAGGUGAAGACCUCAGUGUAUCACCCUCCGGAGCUGCCGCGUCCAGGUCACAUCCUCGUCAGCAUUUCUGCUGUUGGAGACGAUGGUCUAAUUUAUGCCAGGACACAGAACGCAGAGAAUCAGCUCAAACAACUUAGGGAUGGAAUUCAGAAGAGCAUCAAGACGUUGCCCAAGCAGAAGUCAUACACCUGGAAGUCAGUGAAGGGCUGUGCCGUCUUUGGAUCUGACAUGCUGUGGUACAGAGGACAGCUGCUGGAGCUGCUGGGAGGACACGUUAAGGUCCAGUAUGUCGACUCCGGUGCUGUGGAGAACAUCCCAGUGGUGCAUGUGUAUCCCAUGCUGCUGUGUGUGGAGGUUCCUCAGCUCUGUGUGCCCUGUCAGCUCCUGGGCACCAAUCCUGUUGGUGGUAAAUGGCACCACGAUGGAGUAGCCUUGAUGAAGGAGGUGUUGCUAAACCGCACUGUGGACCUGCAAGUUGUGGAGCUGCCUGCUGACCCCCGUGGGCCCGUCACAGUGGAGAUCUUCGUGGACGGGAUGAGUCUCAGCAGGAUUCUGUGUCACCACCAACACGCCUCCAUAGACUGGACUCUUUCAACUCUGAAGGGUGUUUCACCGGUGCCUCCUGCCCCCAUCCUGGAUGAAUGGGAUUUCAGCACUGAGGGUCUGGCGGAUCUUGACGAGUCGGUGUUGGGAUCCUUUGUGAACCCAGACCUGCCGCUGAAGGGAGAACGAUUUAGAGUCAGAGUCACUCAUCUAUUGACCCCCAAUGAGCUGUUCCUGCGGCCUGUGAAGGAAACAGAAGAUCCUGAUAUUGGAGAAACUCUUGAUGAAGCUUUGUUGAGAAUCAAUGCAAACAUCAGCUCUCUGCAAGACAUGAACAGCUUUCAGAGUGGCGCUCCAUGUUUGGCAGAGUACAGUGAUGGCAGGUUCUACCGCGCCAGGCUGAUGACGUUUACCAGCAUUGAGCCGCUCACAGUUAGUGUUCAGCACGUCGAUUACGGCUCGGAUGAUUCUCUGCCAAUCAGCAAGCUGCGACAGAUGCCCGCCGAGCUGCUGCAGUUCCCAACACAAGUAAUAAAAGUUAAAGUCGCCGGCUUCAAAGCUCCAAGUGUCAAACAGAGCAAGGAUGUCCUUCCGUACUCCCCGGAAUGGAGUGUGAAGGCUGUCAUAGAGAUGACAGAUCUGCUGCACGGCAACCUCAUAGCAACCGUUGUUUCGGAGGAGCCGGAGCUCACAGUGCUGCUGAACAACGAGGAGGGAGGCUUGGUCCAUCUGCCGCUGGUGAACAGCGGACUGGCUGAACUCUGCUGAAACUAGAAACCCAGCUCUGGGUUUGAGCCACUUUUGGAAACCAGUUGAAUAUUUCUACAUUUUUUUUUUUUUUUUUACUGUUUAUCUCGUUUGAUCUCCAGGUGUCCAUCAUUAUGGGAUUCAAGUUCUGCUCUUAGUUUUCACUUAAAAAAAAGAGAGUUGGAAAACAGUGAUUUGGUUUGUUUGGCUCUAGUUAAAGAUUUCUAUGUGAAAUUUUUUGUUUUGU